GAUCCGUCUGGUUCCGUAGCUUGGGAGAAGCUGAGUAGGGAGACCGGAGCGGGCCGGGGAGCCGGCGAACACUGGGCCGCAUUGGAGGAGAUAGAGAGGCCUGGCCUCUGCGUCCGCUAGAAGCAUGGUGAUGGCGUACUUCGUGGAGAAUUUCUGGGGGGAAAAGAAUAAUGGAUUUGAUGUGCUAUAUCACAACAUGAAACAUGGCCAGAUAUCAACGAAGGAGCUCUCUGAAUUUAUCCGUGAAAGGUCGACAAUUGAAGAGGCUUAUUCCCGGUCAAUGACAAAACUUGCCAAGACUGCGAACAAUUAUACACAACUUGGGACCUUUGGAGCUGUCUGGGAUGUCUUUAAAACUUCAACAGAAAAACUUGCUGGCUGUCACCUAGAACUUGUCAAGAAAUUACAGGACCUCAUUAAAGAGCUACAAAAAUAUGGGGAAGAGCAACUGAAGUCCCAUAAAAAGACAAAGGAGGAAGUGGCCGGAACCUUGGAGGCUGUACAGAACAUUCAGAGUAUUACUCAAGCGCUGCAGAAAGCCAAGGAAAUGUACAACAUCAAGUGUGUGGAACAGGAGAGGCUGAAAAAGGAAGGUGCAGCCCAGAAAGAGAUAGAAAAGGCAUCACUAAAGGCCAAAAAAGCUACGGAAAGCUACAAGGGCUGUAUCGAGAAAUACGCUGCUGUAAAAUCUGACUUUGAGCAGAAGAUGGCAGAGACUGCACAGAAAUUCCAAGACAUCGAAAAGGCGCAUCUCAUUCGGGUUAAAGAUAUCAUUGGUUGCUUUUCUCAUUCUGUCAGUGAGGUUCACAUUCAGAUCGGCCAGGUUCAUGAAGAAUUUAUUAAUAACAUGGCCAACAUCACAGUAGAAAGCUUACUGGAAAAGUUUGCAGAGUCUAAAGGCACUGGAAAAGAAAGGCCCGGUCUCAUUGAGUUUGAAGCAUGCAACACAGCCAUUGCAGUAGAAAGUUUGAGGACAAAGAAAAGAAAGCCAUUUGCGCUUCCAACGAUAAUCAGGAAGGAGAAGGAUAUAGAAUCUGUAGAAAAUGCAGAUUCUGACUCAAUAAAUGUUCAUCGAGUCGAUGAGGAAGGGUUUAGUAUAAAACCAGAAGAUAACCAGAAUGAUACCAAAGAAAAUCAUUUUUACUCCUCAAGUGAUUCUGAAUCAGAAGAUGAUGGGCCUAAAAAAUUUCACGUUGAGAUCAAACCUGUGCAGCCUAAUAAUGGCUCCCAUCAUACUAUGGCCUCGCUGGAUGAACUGAAGGUUUCUAUAGGAAAUAUAUCCAUCUCACCAGCACCUUCUAGGCAAAGCCCGGCACAGAUGAUCCGGAAUGCUUCAAGUGAAGAGAUGACCAAACUAAAAAUGCCAGGAACAGAUAGAGGCAACAGUGAUCUUCUGGCCUGGGACCCAUUGUUUGGCAACUCAGUCGAGUCCUCGUCUCUUUCAUCAUCCACUUCUACAGUGUCACCACCUGCACGACCAACCACACCACACUCUGUAGGCACAAUCAUACCACCUCCGCGACCUCCAUCAAGACCAAAGCUUCCCUCAGGCAAACUCAGUGGAAUUAUUGAAGUACCGCGACCGUUCAGUCCCCCCGUGACAUCUAACACUAGCCCCCCUUCCUCGGCUUCUUUGCCGCGUGCGGAAAGUUCUUCUUCAAUAUCCUCGUCUGCUUCAAUUAGUGCAGCAAAUACUCCCACUUUUGGUAUAUCCCGUGGGCCCAGUCCAGUUACCUUAGGAACUCAGGACACUCUACCUGUUGCUGUAGCGCUGUCAGAGUCUGUUAAUGCUUACUUCAAAGGAGCAGACCCAGCAAAAUGUAUUGUCAAGAUUACUGGGGAUAUGACGGUGUCAUUUCCAACUGGAAUUAUUAAAGUGUUCACAAGUAACCCCUCUCCAGCAGUGCUUUGCUUCAGGUUAAAAAACACCAGCAAACUUGAGCAGAUUCUACCAAAUACUCAGCUUCUAUACAGCGAUCCUUCUCAGAGCGAUAACAACUGUAAAGACUUCUGGAUGAAUAUGCAAGCAGUCACUGCCUACCUCAAGAAAUCUUCUGAGCAGAACCCAUCUGCCUCCUAUUAUAAUGUGGACAUUUUAAAAUACCAGGUGUCAUCAAAUGGAAUUCAGUCUACACCUCUAAACCUCGCCACCUACUGGAAGUGUAACCCCACCACUACAGAUGUCAGGCUGGAUUACAAGUACAACCCGGAGUCCAUGGCAGUACCCAGUGCAUUAUCAAAUAUACAGGUUGUGGUGCCAGUGGAUGGUGGUGUCGCAAACAUGCAGUCCAUACCUACUGCAAUAUGGAAUGCUGACCAGAUGAAAGCCCUGUGGAAAAUAUCUUCACUCUCAGAAAAAUCUGAAAAUGGAGGAUCGGGAUCACUCAGGGCAAAAUUUGAUAUCUCAGAAGGACCUAGCAACCCAAGCACUCUGGCAGUGCAGUUUGUCAGUGACAGCAGCACCCUGUCUGGUGUGGACAUUGAACUAGUGGGCACAGGUUAUCGCCUUUCUUUAGUGAAAAAGAGGUUUUGCACAGGAAGAUACAUGGCUGACUGUUGACGCUUUUAACUUAAUUUAAUUUUUAAUCACGGGAUGUAAGCAAGCCGCUUUCCUGUUAAUUUAUCGGAAAUCUUCCACAUGCUGUUUUAAUUAUAGAUAUAUAUAUAUAUUUUAAUUCUUGACUUGUUUAGAAGGUAUUUCUAUAUUGCUGCCAACUACAGAGUAUACAAAUGCACUUUUUAUGAGUCAUUUUGUGGAAUAUCUCAUCGAUUUAUGUUGUAGCACUGAAGUUUUCUGCAGUCGUGGUCAAAAUUCAGCUAUAAAAAAAAAAAAAAAAGUUUAUUUGUGUAAAGGCAAAAUGUUCCUAUACAAACCACCAUUGUUUUAUCAA